AUUCAUGCAAUUCUCACUCACUCGCCAUUCAUUUCAGUUCUUUUGCCAAAAAAUACACAAACCCUAGCCUCGUUCUUCGUCGUCGCACUGCCGUUAGGUUUCCGUCAAGUUUCAAAUCCUCAACCCUCUCCAUUUUCAUCUGUUUUCAAUCAGAAUUCUUCAUUUCUGGUUUUCCUGAUUAAACGUCGUUAGGUUUCCGUCAAAUCUCAAUUCCUCGUUCUCUACCAUUUUUCAAUCGAAAUUCUUCGUUUCUGCUUCUGGAUCUGCAUGGUGGGGUGUGUUUUCUGGAUCUAGAUUUGUUACUGAUUCACUUUUCGUACAUUUUUUCAAUUUGUGGUGUUGAAAUUAUCUUCUUCUGAGCGGUAGGCGUGGGGAUUUUUGGGUCGUGUAAGAGUGCGAGUGGCUCUCAUUUUAUUGUGACGAAGAUCUCCUUUUGCUUCUUUUGAGGGGGUAGCCGGGGCUCCGGCCUCGGCGGGUUUUAAAGCCCCCAGCUGUUACAAAAUCAUUCCUAAAAAUCGUGAAAAUAAUUCUAAUUUUUUUGUGAAAUUUUCAUUCUUUGAUUCUUUUCUCUGAUUGGAAAAGAGAUGCCGGCCCUGGCUUGCUGCGGAGACGCUUCAGUAGAGCCCCCUCCUGGCUACGUCUUUGCCGGGGAAAGCACUCUUCCGACGUCGGAGGUGUUUUCUUCCUCCGGCGUACCUACGUUUACAAACACUACCGCCACCUUUGUUGCCAUGCCUGCCACCUGGGCACCAGCUCAGUCCGCCGCCCUCUACCGGGUUGACGGGUGGGGAGCUCCUUACUUCACCGUCAACUCCUCGGGCAAUAUUUCAAUCCGACCUCAUGGUGUGGAGACGCUGGCUCACCAGGAAAUAGAUCUCCUCAAGGUCGUGAAGAAAGCCUCCAAGCCGAAAUCUUCUGGAGGGCUCGGGCUUCAGCUCCCUCUCAUCGUGCGCUUCCCAGAUGUGUUAAAAAAUCGGCUUGAAUCUCUGCAGUCAGCUUUCAAUUUUGCAAUCCAAUCGCAUGGCUAUGAGGCCCAUUACCAGGGCGUUUAUCCCGUGAAAUGCAAUCAAGACAGGUACGUUGUUGAGGACAUUGUGGACUUUGGGUCAGGCUUCCGCUUCGGGCUUGAAGCGGGCUCCAAACCUGAGCUCCUCUUAGCCAUGAGCUGCCUCUGUAAGGGAAGCCCGGAGGCCUUUCUGGUAUGCAAUGGAUUUAAGGAUGCAGAAUACGUUUCGCUUGCAUUGGUUGCUAGAAAGCUGCAUUUAAACACUGUAAUCGUGCUCGAACAAGAGGAAGAGCUGGAUAUUGUGAUUGAUAUCAGCCGGAAACUUGGUGUUCGUCCCGUGAUUGGUGUUCGUGCCAAGCUGAGGACUAAACAUUCUGGACAUUUCGGGUCCACUUCAGGGGAGAAUGGGAAAUUUGGUUUGACAACUGUUCAAAUUCUUCGCGUUGUUAAGAAGCUCGAACAAUUUGAAAUGCUGAAUUGCUUACAAUUGCUGCAUUUCCAUAUUGGAUCUCAAAUUCCAUCUACUGCUUUGCUCGCCGAUGGUGUUGGUGAGGCUGCUCAAAUCUACUGUGAAUUAGUCCGUCUCGGUGCUUGUGUUAAUGUCAUCGAUAUCGGUGGAGGCCUUGGAAUCGAUUACGAUGGCUCAAAAUCUCAGGAUUCUGAUAUUUCUGUUGGUUAUAGUCUUGAAGAGUAUGCUUCAGCUGUUGUUCAGGCCGUUCGGUUAGUAUGUGAUCGCAAGGGUGUGAAACAUCCGGUGCUUUGCAGUGAAAGCGGCCGUGCAAUUGUGUCUCAUCAUUCAAUUCUUCUGUUCGAAGCUAUAUCUGCAAGUUCGUAUCAGUCUCCUCCUAUGUCUUUUGAUGGACUUCAGGACUUAGUUGAGAGGCUCCCUAGUGAUGCUCUUGCUGAUUAUCAUAAUUUAUAUGCUGCUGCAGUUCGAGGUGAGAAUGAUACUUGUUUGCUUUAUGCAGAGCAGCUGAAACAUAGGUGUGUGGAGCAAUUUAAAGAAGGGUCUUUGGGGAUUGAACAGCUGGCUGCAGUUGAUGGCCUUUGUGAGUUUGUUUCCAAGGUGAUUGAGGGUUCUGAUCCUGUCCGCACUUACCAUAUGAAUUUAUCAGUUUUUACCUCUAUUCCUGAUUUCUGGGGCAUUGGCCAGUUGUUUCCUAUUAUUCCAAUACACAGGCUAGAUGAGUGUCCUGCAGUGAGGGGAAUUUUGUCGGACUUGACGUGUGAUAGUGAUGGGAAGAUCGACAAAUUCGUAGGAGGUGAGUCUAGCUUGCCUCUGCAUGAAUUGGAAGGCAAUGGUUGUAUUAGUGGUGAUGGUGGGAGCUACUAUUUGGGGAUGUUCUUGGGUGGGGCUUAUGAGGAGGCACUUGGGGGAGUUCAUAACCUGUUUGGCGGUCCAAGUGUGGUGCGCGUGUCUCAGUGUGAUGGUCCACACGGCUUCGCCGUGACUCACGCUACCCCUGGCCCAUCCUGUGGUGAUGUGCUCCGGAUGAUGCAGUUUGAGCCCCACCUCAUGUUCGAGACCCUGAAGCACCGUGCAGAGGAGUUUGCCAACAACGGUGAUGAUGAUUCUAGUGGCAGCAUUGCUCUGGCUAGUGGCCUUGCCCGGUAUUUCGAUAACAUGCCCUAUCUGAUGGCUGCAUCCUCUUGCAGCCUGACUGCUGCUGGGGGCAAUGGUUACUACUAUUGCAAUGAUGAUAACUUUGUUCCCAGUGUUGAUUCUGUAGCUGUGGAGGAUGAACAAUGGUCUUAUUGCGUUGCUUGAGGUCUUAUAUCUGAAGUCACAAAGCAAAGCAUCUCCAUCGGUUUGUUCUUGUUUGUAGUCGAGGUUGUCUGUGUUCAGUGCUUGGUUCGUAUAUUUCUCUUUUUAACCAUGUUAGUCCUCUGUCCUUUUCACUUGUUAAUUAAUGAUCAAGAUGUAAGAAGAUAGGACUAUGUAUUUUUCAAUUUGUGGAGUGUGAGGAGGUGAUGAUGUGAUGGAAAUUCGAUAACAAUUUCUCCUUUGCUUCAUCUACUUUCUUUCAAUGCCUUCUUGUAGGCUGUUAUUGCAGACUUUUGGUUCAAUGUAGACUUUUGUGAUCGUGUUAUUUAUUAGUAUAAAAUUUAAUUAUCUUUCAUUUU